CCAAAUUUAGUCACAAGUAUUGACUGCAAAGGAGGAUGCGUUAUCCCAGGCUUUGUUGACGCACACACUCAUCCUGCUUGGGCUGGAGAUCGUUUACAUGAGUUUACAUUGAAGGUAAGCACUUCUUGCUUUCUGAUAGGUGUCAAAGCUAAAAGAAGUACUGUAUGGCUUACUAAAAGACAGGAUAAAGGAACUACCACCCUGGAAUGUAAAACGGGAUACGGGCUACAUUGGCCAGCAGAAGAAAAGUUACUGCGAGUUUUGAACAGAGCGAAAGCUGAGCUCCCUGUUGACGUGUCCAUAACGUUUCUUUCAGCACACUCAGGAAAUGGACUCGAAUCGAUUCACGGAAUGCAUCCUCACAGAACAGAUCCCAAAGUUAAAACAAUUGAUGGAAAAAGGGGAAGUUCAUGUGUUUUUGAUUUGGAUCAAAGUAUGAGAAUUUUGGAGGCCGGAAAAAGCAUUGGUCUUAACAUAAACUUUCACGCUGAUGAAUUAUCGCCACUGGGAGGCGCUGAAGUGAGUCAACACAUAAAGGAACAACAUUUUGAUGACCCCUAUAAUGUAUAUUGUUUUGCAUCCAUUAAAUACGGUUCGUUAAUUAGACCUGGUUCCAUUUUGGUUUGUUCCACUUCUUCCUAG